AUGGUCUUCACCGCUUCCACUAGCCUUUCUGUUACUCUCGCACACGCCAUCUCUUACCUGACCAGGCCUCUCAUUGUCCAAUACUCGGCCACAACCAUCAUCAAACUUCAGCUUGUUCUGGAAGCCAACUUGACGGCUCUCUACGCACCUACUUGGGUUCCGAAGGAACCCCUUCGUGGCUCAGGUCGCCGCUGCCUCACCCUUUCGCCGCAGUGUCUUCCGCCUCGUGUGAUAUAUUCUGCGUGUUUGAGUUCAGGUGUCCAGUGGUUUGACUGGAUUUCUCUUCUCGGUGCAAGGGAAUUCGAUUUCUUCGUCGACCCCGGAUGCAUCUCUGUACGCCACGGAAGAAAGGGAUCGCCCAACUGCGAACUCAUCACUGUCUGGGCUGACGAGGUACCUUCUCCUUCCGCUCCUAAGGCUCAAAGCCGAACUAUAGCUCAGCAGCUUAUGGAGAGCGAAACUGAUGAGGAGGAGCAAAUCUUUGCUAUGAUCGCUCACGAGACUAAGCCCUCCGCUUGGGUUGCAACCUCAUUGGACAAGCUUACCAUUCCGGCCACCGUCACCCGUUCCUCGUCGCCCUUCUCAACUGACUCAUCCAUAUCUGCCUCUUCAUCUCACUCGCGCAGCAGCUCCCGCUCGUCCAACUCGAGCUCUGGUUUCUCGCAUUCAUUUUCCUCAUCUUCCUCCGAUACCACAGUAUCCUCCACCGCACCAUCUCCUUCCAAACAGUCGCGCCGUGAACGUGCUCGCCAGGCUCGUGUUUUCAUUGACACGUCCAAGACCGAUGUCACCCCUUAUGACGGCGGAAAGACUACUGUUCUCACUGGUGGCGUCAUGCUCGGCGGUAGUCCUCCCAAAGGCAGGAUCAACAACUCUCAGAAGGCAAACAACGCACCAUCCGCCGCCCAACAGUGGCGUGCGAUCCGCGUUUGA